AUGGCUAAUGCAAAUUUGCCUUUACAAAUAUUUAAAAAAAAGUGGGAACAAAACACAAUAUUUUUCUGUUACAGUUCAGUAUGUUUUAUUUGUAAAAUUUAUGAUACGAAAAAAUUAAAACGUUGUUCAGGAUGUAAAUUAAUCGCAUAUUGCUCAAUAGAACAUCAAAAAAUGAAUUGGUCAAAACAUAAAUCGUUUUGCCCUGAAUGUGAAAAGUUAGAAAGUGAAUUUUAUUGCGAAAAUAAAAUUUCAGUGCACUUUUAUUCUAUGUUUUAUCAUGAGUUUUUAAACAUUCCAAAUGUAAAAGUACCCAACUUAAAUAUUGCAUUUAAUUGUGGUUUUCAUGAGAACGAAUUAGAAAAAAAUAGUUGUACUUGGCGGCUAAGUUUACCAUUUAUGAUAGAUGUACCAUUAGCCUUUACGUCAUAUACACAUGAAGAAGCUUUGGAAGAUAUGCGUAUGGUACAAAACUAUGCAAAAAAUAUUCAAUAUGAUGUUGUUUUAAAAUGCUCCAAAAACUUGUAUAGUGGUUUAAAACCAAUACGAGAUUGGGAGCAGUUACAAGAUUGUUUUUAUACUAAUAAUUAUAUAUCUAUUAUAAAACCAAAGUUGUUAUAAGAAUCA